UUUUAAUAGCGUUGUGUGGAACGACCUUUAUACUAAUCGGAUUUGAUGUUUUGUUUGAGGUUUUCUUUGCAAAAGCAAAAGAUUAUGAUUCACGUAUCUAAAUGAAGUGUUGAUCAUUAUUUAGGCAGUUUUAACGAUUAGUCUGUAUAUAAAUAAUGGAUCCUUCGAGAAGAAAUAACUUUGAAGAUCAGCGGUGCAUCCUAGGACUACAAGAUUUGAAAUUAUCCAACAAAGAUGAGGACGGCACUGAGCAAGCGCACGGGGCUGCAACAUCGAAAACAAAUUCUCUCGCCAAGGCUCGGCCUGUGGGAGCGAUCGAAAGCUUCGUUUUGGACAACACUCAGACUAAUAGACAGGAUUACAGUUUUUACGAACGUUCAAACGUGAUAGCAUCUUCAAAGUUCGCGACUCCAAAGCGUGUAGAAACGAUAGCGUCGAUCAACAAACGCGAUAUAAACACGGCGGCACUCCCCGCGAGCCCAACACGAUCCAUCGAUAGUAAGUCGCAGAGGUCGCUCAGUUACCAAACUGAGGAUCUGUACGAGAUCCCUGCAAAUCCAAAUUCUCAGUUUCCACCUCCUGUGUAUGAAAACAUAGAAUACUACGGUGAACAGCGAUCACAGCAGCCGCCGUACUUCCACCAGUUGUACCAGGCCGGCGCGCCGCCGCCACCGCCGCCGCCCGUUUCCGACGGCUACUACGACACGCGCUACAGCAAGGCUCAACCGCAAGUACCUGUCAACGCUAAGCCUAAACAUAACCCCACUGUCUACGAAAAUAUGCUCUGUUCAGAUGCUGAUAAGAAAAACGAAUAUAAACCUCUUCAGAAGAAUGAGCAACGUUUUGUCCAGCAAGGAUCAAUGCCAGGGCCACAAGUACCUAAUACUACAUCCAACAGGAGCAUUUCUCAGUUGUUAAUGAAUGACAAAGGCAUAUCAGAAAAGACUCCUCCACCGCCUCCAUAUAAUUCCUCCCAAGACAGCUCUAGCAGUGAUUACACAGUUAUGAAAUCGGCUCCACCUAAAUACACAGAUGUCACAGCUCUUCUUAAGAAUGGCAGUGCCUCCAGUUUUGACAGUAAAGUUGUUCCAUCAACUGCUAUUUAUGCCUCAAUAGCCCCAAGUGCUCAGAGGCCUAAGGCUCAUUCUGCUACUGAAGUUCAACAAAACCCCAAGUUUUAUCACUCUAAGCCUAAUCCAGGAAUUGACAAGCCACCAGCUAUAAAUGGUGGAUUUGCAAAGCCACCACCAGUUAAUCGGAUGCAGAUAGUGGAUGAUACAAAUGGUUCAGACUAUGUCUGCAUGAGUGGAGGGUCCCCAGCUACAACAGUUCCCACAACAAGAGAUAACAUGUCAUCUGGCUCGGAAUCUGUAGGAUCUCGUAACUUAGUGUCGGGUUUGCCAUCCCUGUGCUCCCCAGCAGCAUCACCAGCACCAAGCCCAACACCAAGUUCCGUAUCGGGUGUAUCAGGCGUGUCGGGUGGCUCACGCGGUUCGGGCGGACGCGGGAAAAGCUUGUUGCCAUAUAGCAUCACUCCACCACGCCCUGCAGGGCCCAGUGAGGCACAGCGCAAGAUUGAGGAGCUCACAAGACAGCUUGAAGAAGAAAUGGAAAGGCAGGAUGAGGAAGGCGAAUACUUUGGCAUCUGCCACACUUGCGGCACAGGCGUCACCGGCGCUGGACAGGCGUGCCAAGCCAUGGGUAACCUGUACCACACCAACUGCUUCAUCUGCUGCUCGUGCGGGCGCGCACUGCGCGGGAAGGACUUCUACAACGUGCACGGCAAGGUGUACUGCGAGGAGGAUUACUUGUAUUCCGGAUUCCAACAGACUGCAGAAAAAUGUGCAAUAUGCGGCCACUUGAUCAUGGAAUUGAUCCUGCAAGCGAUGGGAAAGUCGUACCACCCGGGUUGCUUCCGCUGCUGCGUCUGCAACGAGUGUCUGGACGGCGUGCCCUUCACCGUGGACGUGGACAACAAGAUCUACUGCGUCAACGACUACCACCGCAUGUUCGCGCCCAAGUGCGCCAGCUGCGGGAAAGGCAUAACCCCAGUAGAGGGCACGGACGAGACGGUGCGCGUGGUGUCCAUGGACCGCGACUUCCACGUGGACUGCUACAUGUGCUGCGUGUGCGGCAUGCAGCUCACCGACGAGCCCGACAAGCGCUGCUACCCGCUCGCCGGCAAGCUGAUGUGCCGCGCGUGCCACCUGGCCACCAUCGGCGCGGCGCCGGGCCCCGGCCAGCCGCCCGCGCCGCGCCUGUCGCCCGCCUCCUACCAGUACAUGGGAUAAGCGCGCCACUCACUAACUCAUCCCGGCUCUAAUUUCACUAAAAGCGAAAUACUUUCGAGCACUGCGCGACUGCAAACCUCAACUUGUGGGCUCAAUUUCGGUCAACUCAUAAAUAUCUAAUGGAGCCAGGCGGGUUUGCCCAACUGCCUCCUCUAGAAAACAAAAUUUUUAACUAAAUGUAUGCCCCUCCCCUUGGCCAUCGGCAAUAUGAACUAAACCCCCUCCCCCGGCCUAUCAGCUGGCGACGUCCUUGAACACUGCAAUGUUCUGCCGCCAGAGGCAGCACUAGCACAAACUAGAGUAACGUACACUACCGUCAAAAAGUUUAAGACCAAACACAAUUUUUAGUUUCAUAUUCAGGAACACGUUAGAUCGGUAACCCAUUUGUUUUGCAAGUAGACAACGAUCUCAAACAUUUACCAAAGAUCUGUAGAGGCUACACAGCUAAUAAAGAACAGCAAGGUGUGUUAAAAAACAAUAUGGCCACCGCAAUCACCAGACCUUAACCUGAUCGAGCUUUCAUGGGAUGAACUCGCCCAUAGAGUCCGAAAACAAUGUCCGACAUCAGCAAAAACUAUAGAAGAUACUGCAAUAUCAGUGGAAAUCCAUAAGCCAAGAAACGCUACUACACAAACUUGUAGAAAGAAUGUCAAGAUUACUCUGUAGUCAAAAAUUGUCAAGGAUUUUUCGAUGAGAAACGGUGAAAAAAAUUGUUUAACGCUUUAUUUUUCGGAUUGUAGGUAUCUACUGCAAAGUAGUAUUUUCGUAAAUAAAUCAUUAAAAUGAUUAUUUGUAUAUUCUGUGUUUGGUCUUAAACUUUUUGACGGUAGUGUAUAUAUAUUAUAUACUACGCCUUAAACAGAUUUUUGUAAAUUUAACAGAUUAUGUCUUAGGAAUAAAUAUGACAUUGAUGCAUUAAGGCAGUAUGGUCACAGUUUGUGCUAGUGUUAUCUACGCAGAGUUCGCGUAAUAUUCCUUAUACCUACAUAUAAUCAUAUCGGGAUUCCUGCAAAGAAGAUUGGAUGAUACUAACUAUAAUGCAUAAUGGCUAAAAAUUUGUUGUCCUUUGUUAAGUUUUUAGUUCUUAAUUGCUCUAUGAUCAUAUGAAAUUUUAGAGUUUACUUUAUGUAAAGAAAAUAUAUCAAUAUCCAGUUCUGAGCCGUAAACGAUCAAAAUAAUGUUUGAUGCUAAUUUAAGACUAAUAUGUGCAGCUUGGUACUAUUUGUAUGCAUUUGUUUUUAACCUGGCAGUUGGCCAUGAAGAAUAUUUUUACUACAUAUUUAAAAUACACUUUCAGGUCAAUUCGAAUGUGCACUGACAUCAAACCGAUAUUAGAAUCAUAUCAGUUAGCUGUCACGCGCGUUCAUUUCACUCAAACUUGUUCGCACAAGUGUUAGUGCGAGCGAGACGCCCGCGCGGGUGACAGAUAACUGAUAUGAUUCCAAUAUCAUUCUAAUAUCGUUUGAUGUCAGUGCACGUUCGAAUUGGCCUGUUUAUUAUGUGCUCUCUUUGCUGUUUUAAAUAAAACCUUGAAGUGACGAAAGACUAUGUAUAUUAUAUACCUAUUAAAAGGCUCAAAUAAUAAUUACGGCAUAUGUUCCAUUUGACAAUGAAUUGAUUUAUAUUAGUACAUAGGCUUAAGUUAAUGGUGAUAAAAAUGUUGACAAAAACUAAGUAUUAGAUGUUCAUAUAUACACAACGCGAUUUAAGUCGAUAAACAUUACGGAAAUGUAAUGUAUUUAGUUAUAAUUUUAAGUCAGCAAAUAGGCUAAUCUGUUUAAUAUUUCUUAUAUGUAGCAAAUUACAUGUAUAUGUAUAAUGUGAUUAGUUGGAGCCAACAGUGGCACAAGCCUAUUAUAUAUGUGAUAUCGAUAGAUUUACUGCUCUAAUCCUUUGGCGUAAGUGUGUCUACUACACUGCAAACGAUGAGUGAAUUGCUGUUGUACACUUUAAUAAUCGACUAUUAUGCCAUUAAUAUUAAUAUUUUGACUUGAAAACAGUUUUAUGCAUUUUUUUCCACAAAAUGAUCUGCAAUAUAGUUCGUGUCAUCCACGAUGACACGCAGAUUUGUCAAAUCUAACCUUUAAUAACAUGACAUUACGAGUCAAGGCACGCGUCUUCGUGAAUGACACGAUCUAAUUACUGAUGACACAGAUUACUAAUGGUUAUCGAUGGCAUUUAAUGGAACAUUUUGUGCCACUAGAAGCGUCAGUGUUGCUAUGCAUUUAUUACGUUUUAAAUAAAACGCCAUAUGACAGCACAUCUGGUGAUGAACUCGGGUCUGUGGCAAUGAAAUGAAAAUGGUAAAUUCAAUGUCAUCUCCAUACAUUUAUGAUGGCGCUCCUAUACAUUCCAGUUCCGUGCUGUCUUGUUGUGUACUUAAUUUUAGGUUGUUUUAUAAUCUGUACAUAUUGCUGAGGAAAAAUGUGAUUAUUUAGCCCUUUUAUACAAAAUAAAAAUGGUUUGUUAAGGCAUAACUUUUUAAUAUUUAAAUAAUAAUAUUUAAACAAUAAAUAUUUCAAAAUUUAAUAAA